AUGGAUUUGAAGGCCUAUACGGUUCAAUAUGGAUUGCUGUCUGAAAUUGAGAACAUAGCUAAAUUAUUGUACCCUAUAAAUUCAUCUGCAAUAAAUUUGGCAAGAGUUACGAGUUCAUCCAUCAAUGGAAGCAGACUCUCUUAUUAUGAUGUCGAGAAUAAGGUAGCUCCUUCACUGUUUCAAGCAUUUUCGACAAUUCCUUUCAUAUCACAGAUUUCAUAUAUUGGAUUGGGAGGUCCUUUGUUUGCGUACUAUUAUGAAGGUAACCAAACAUUUGCUAUGUACUCUAACUCUACAGCCUCAAAUGUGAGGAAUUUUUCUUGUUAUAGACAACCUGUAGAUUCAAGCACGGGAAAAGUAUAUGGAGAUGCAGUUGAAUCCCUUCCUUUCAUUGCCACCAAUACAAGUUGGAUUGAGCAAGCAUUAAAUAGUAGUCAAGGGUAUGCAUCAUUUGGGAAUGGAUGGAACAGUGCUCAAGAUCCUCUAUUCCUCAGCUCAGUUAGUAUACAUGGACAUGGAGUUUUCUCUUUAGGGUUUUCGGCUAAGGCAUUAAUUAGUUUCUUCAACAGUGUAGAUCUUUAUGGUGGGAGCUUGUACUUGGCUACUCAAACCGGCAAAGUUCUUGUAGGAGGACUACCUAACACUGAAACUGUGGUAAAGGGAAAUUCAGUUUCUAUGUACUUGACAAAACUAAAUGGAGAUCAAAGUGAUCUUGUUGGACAUGUUUCAUGCAUGCCGAACAAUGGCAAGCUUAAUAAUUCACUGCUGAACAUUGGGAAAGCAAAGUACAGAGUUUUCUGCUCUCAAGUUGAAAUUGUGGGAGUGCCAUCGCAAAUGGAAGCAACUCAACAAGCAGAAAGAAAGAGUAUGAAUAAGAGUCUUGCUUUUGCUAGUGCAAGCCAUGACAUUCGCGCAGCUCUAGCAGGCAUUACUGGUUUGAUAGAGAUAUGCUAUGCAGAAGUGCGUGCAGGUUCGGAGUUAGAUACAAAUUUACGACAAAUGGAUGGUUGUACGAAGGACCUAGUAGGUUUGUUGAAUUCUAUUCUUGAUACUAGCAAAAUUGAAGCCGGCAAAAUGCAACUUGAAGAAGAGGAAUUUGAUUUAGCCAAGCUUCUUGAAGAUGCAGUUGACUUGUAUCAUCCUGUAAGUAUGAAAAAAGGUGUAGAUGUGGUGCUGGACCCCUAUGAUGGUUCCAUUCUCAAAUAUUCUCGAGUGAAAGGUGACAGGGGAAAACUGAAGCAAGUUCUGUGCAAUCUACUUAGCAAUGCUGUUAAGUUUACUUCAGAGGGGCAUGUAUCAGUUCGAGCAUGGACUCAAAAACCCAGUUUAGAGAACAAGAUAAUUGCUUCCAAUCAGAAUGGUUUGUGCAGACGCUUUUCAUGCCUUUUUUCCAAGAAUAAAAAAGUAUAUAAUGACUUGGAAGCCAUUAAUGCAAUGAAGCAAAAUCCAAACUCUAUGGAAUUCGUAUUUGAGGUGGAUGAUACAGGUAAAGGAAUUCCAAAAGAAAAGCAAAAAUCAGUAUUUGAGAAUUUUGUUCAAGUCAAAGAAACAGCUCUUGGACAAGGAGGCACUGGCUUAGGGCUUGGCAUUGUUCAAUCUUUGGUGCGUCUGAUGGGAGGAGAAAUAGGAAUCAUGGAUAAAGAGAAUGGUGAGAAGGGAACUUGCUUCAAGUUCAAUGUUUUCCUUCAUAUAUGCGAGACAUCUUCAACUGAUAACACAAAAGCUGAAGUUGAGAUUGAAGAGGAUUUCAUACAUCACUAUUCGGAGCUGACUAUUCGAACUCCUUCUCCAGGGCUAAUGAUUCGCACCCCUAGUCCUAGGUUGGCCAUACUUGGUUCUAGUCCCAAGAUUGAAGGAUCCCAAGUUGUUCUCUUGAUUCAAAAUGAAGAGCGGCUAAGAAGUUCACAGAAAUAUAUAGAGGGUUUGGGGAUAAAAGUCUCAGCUGUGAAGCAAUGGGAGCAUCUUCAUUCUACGCUAAAGAGAAUAAAAGCCAGGCAGAGUGUUUCUCCUCACAGUUCUUCAGGAAAAUCUGAUUUGGGCUCAAGGAGUGACCAUUAUAACACUAGAUUGAAGGAUGUGCCAUUAAGUUCCAUGGACAGGAUAGAUCUAAAACCAUCCACAAGCAGAAGUAGCAAUAAAGGUGCACCACGCUUUGUAUUACUUGUGAUUGAUGCUGGUGCUGGACCAUUUGAGGAACUUUGUAGAGUCGUUGAUGAAUUUAAAAGAGACCUUCAUAGCAGUUGUUCCAAGGUUGUUUGGCUGGAUAGAACAACUUCACGAAGCAUAAAUUUGAGAAGCUUUGAACACGACUUGAUCGAUCCCAGGGAUGACAUUUUGUUGAAACCAUUUCAUGGUUCUCGCUUGUAUCAAGUGAUAGGACUUCUACCUGAAUUCGGGGGUCAUGGAGUUAUUUCCAGAUCAAAUAAAGGAAUCCAAGCCACAAAUACUCUUCAAGAUCCUGGUUCACAUUCAUCAACGCAUUCACAAAGCACAAAGUUAAAGGUUCCGUCAACUUAUGAAAACUCAUUUCAACAAGUGGACUUACAAGCAGAAGCCAGCUCAAAAAAUGGGAAAUACAGGAAGAAUUCUUUGUUAGAUUAUCCAGAUCAUUCUCAUGUUAGAUCCAAAUCAAGACAGUCUCCAACCGAAACACCAUCGGUUAGAUCAUCAGAGAUCCAAGAAGUACAGGGUAAUCUAUGCAAAGACAAACCCUUAAGAGGGUUGAAAUUCUUGGUUGCUGAUGAUAAUGAAAUAUCCCGCAAAGUGACUAGGCAUAUUCUUAAAGGGCAUGGUGCAACUGUUGAGGUUUGUGAAAAUGGAGAGGAAGCUCUGCAACUAGUUUGCAGGGGUCUACACAACCAAAGGGAACAUAUCCACUCUAUUGUGCUUCCUUAUGACUACAUAUUAAUGGACUGUGAGAUGCCGAAAAUGAAUGGGUGUGAAGCAACAAGACAGAUAAGAAAACAGGAGAAAUUUUAUGGAGUUCACAUCCCUAUCCUAGCAUUCUCAGCAGAUAACUCAGGUGGUGAAGGUAAGAAGAUGAUGGAGGCUGGAACAGAUGGCCGAGUGAACAAAAAAAUCAAUAUGGAACAGCUGGAGGAGACUAUCAGAAACAUUCACCUCAAAAGAAUGCAUCUUUAA